AUGGAUCCUUUUACCACUUCUGACGCUGUUGUUGAUCAAUCAAAAAAGAGCACUACUAUUACUGAAGGAGAACAUCAGCCGAAACAUGAACAUAUUAAUAAAACAAUAAGAAAAGAUGUUGAUAAAUUAGUGGAUAAAUAUGAUAUUGAAGAUGUUAUUACUCAGUGUAAUGCAUCACAAAAUAAGACUGUUUCUUAUUGCCGAUGUUGGAAAUCAAAAAAGUUUCCACUAUGUGAUGGUUCACAUAAUGCCUGGAACAAGGAAACGGGUGAUAAUUUAGGUCCACUUGUUAUUACAAAUAAACCGUGA